AUGGCUGUAAACAACAAUAUUGUAACCGAAUGGUUAAAAUCCUUAGGCCUAGCCCACUACGCCGAAAGUUUCAUUGACAACGGUUACGAUGAUCUAGAAAUCUGCAAACAGAUCGGCGAUCCCGAUCUUGAUGCCAUAGGAGUCUUGUCAGCCUCCCACCGACAAAGGCUCCUGAGUUCUGUGAAACAUUUACGAGAAAAGGGUGCUGCUAGUGUUUAUUUUACAUUAGGUGAUUUAAGUCAUUUUUCUGGAACUUCGAGUAAUGCAUCUAAUGACGAUUGCAUUGAUGACGACAGCCCAACAGCUGGACCGUCAGGAUUGUGUCAAAGUGCCAAAGGUGGAUUGGAGCACACGCUCAGGAGGGAACUGCAGCAGGACGGAGUCAGGCUUGCACAUCAGCCGUAUUCUAUGCAGGUAGGAGGAUAG